AACCGAGAUAACCCGGAAAAGGAGGAAGAAUAGCGCCUCAGUUCCGAGUCCGAUCGUGGACUGUCAGACUUAUCAUGGCUGGAGCUGGAGGUGACAAGCCUUUCGCCAAGGCCGGCCCAAGCCCUUUAUCUCGGGUUUUGAGAAUAAGUCAGCUGGAUGCUUUUGAACUGGAUGGUGCACUGGAACAGCUUGUUUGGUCACAGUUCACCCAAUGUUUCCAGCAUUUCAAGCCUGGGCGCUUAACCCCUGUGGAACCAGAACUCAAGGCCCUUCUCCAGCUCCUCUUGUGGAGGUUCACCGUCUUCUCUAACAGUGCCACCGUGGGCCAAUCACUGCUCAACAUCCGGUACAAGAACUCUCUGAUCCCAGGACAGAAGUACCGGCACAUGAGCCGGCCACAAAAGUUCUGGUUUGUUCUGCUGACAGUUGGAGAAAAGUGGCUGAGAGAACGCUCAUAUAGCUUGUUCCUCAACCACCCUGCAGAAUCCAAUGCCCGCAAGGCCCGGAAGGUACUCAGCAUCUUGACGGGCCUUACUAAAGUGGCCAGCCUGGUCAACUUCCUACUGUUCCUCCAAAGAGGAACCUAUCCAACACUUACCGAAAGAUUGCUGGGAGUGCAGCCAGUCUUCAGUCGACCCCAGGGACCACGAGACAUCAACUUCCAGUUCUUGAACCGGGAGCUGUUGUGGAACGGCUUUGCUGAGUUCCUUAUCUUUCUGCUGCCUCUCAUAAACAUGUGGAAUCUAAAGGCCAGUGUUGCCGCUCUGUUCUCCCCUCUGAACGAACUGAGAGGAACGGAAGGUUCGGAGGAGACCUACUGCACUGAGUGCGCCGUCUGUGGAGAGUGGCCCACAAUGCCCCAUUCGGUCGGCUGCAACCACGUGUUCUGCUACUACUGCCUCAAGAGCCACACGAUCGCUGUCAUCUGCUUUACCUGCCCCAAAUGUGGCACAGAGACUGGAAUGAUAGAGCCAGUCAGGCUUCAUGAGUUGCAUCAGAGUUGAGACUGUGCCUCUAACAGUCUUCUGAUUGACUUGAGAUACACAUACAGCAGGAGAACUUGAGGCCAAGUUGAACGUUUUGAGUCUAUCAGAGAGAUUGGUUGAUGAAGGCAUAUGGCUUGUGCCUUCUUCUGAAAUGAGAGCAUUUGUUGCCAUGAUAUAUGCAGAAUUUUGUACAAAGAGACAAACUUAAUGAUCUAAAAUUCUAAAACAACAUCAUUUGUGUCGCUAAUUUAUUCAGCCUCAUUAAAGUUUGAUAGAAACUGU